AUGAUUGAUGCUAAUAAAGAUGAACUGAUUGAUUUCAAUGAACUGUUAAUUGCAAUAGUUCUCGCCAGUCGUUUACAAGAUGUAGAAGCACGACUUGGUAUUGUGUUUGAUACAUGGGAUCUCUCAUGUGAUGGAAAAAUCAAUCAAGCAGAACUAGUUCAUGUUAUAACGGCUAUAUAUGAUUGCAGCGGAGUUACCAAUUGA